UCGCCCAAAAUAUCCAUCUCGAUUUAUUAGACAAGACCCACUUUAGUUCUAUUUAUAGAUAUACUCACUCUCUCACUAAAUUACAUCUCAAUUCCUAAAAUCUGUUACUCUCUCGUACUAUUUUCUCUUCCUUCAUGAUGGCUUCAUUUGCUCUGAAACCCUUGUUUUGUUUCAUUGUUCUUUUUUGCUUCGUUGUACACAAUGUCGAAGCUAGAGAAGGUAAGCUCUUGUUUAGCAAGGUCACUCACUUAGAUCGCCCUAACAACAAAGAGGUGGCUCUAUCUCCAGCUCCAGCUCCCGGACUAGCCCAAGCUAAUGGAAGACUCGGAGAUGGGCCUUUCGGACCAGGUUCCGGUAUGAUUCCUCAAACCAAAGAGUCAUGGCCGGUUUCAUCCACUACUACAGAUGAAGAUUUUGAAAAAUUGAUGGCCACAUUUGACGAAGAAAAAAACAACAAGUUACCAGAGGCAUUUGAGGAAGAAGAAGAAGAAGAAUCCGAAGAUCCAGAAGAUCCAGAAGAUCUCAAUGAGCAAAAGGAUAAGUAUAACAACAACAACAACAAUGGAUACACUUACACUACUAACAACUAUAAUGAUAAUAGGAGAGGUUACGGAAAUGAAGAGAAGCAAGGGAUGAGUGAUACAAGGUUUAUGGAGAAUGGUAAGUAUUUCUACGACAGAAAAGGUAGGAACAACCCUAGUCGCGGGUAUGAGAGUGCUCGAGGAAAUGAUCAUCCCAACGAGUACGAAACUAUGGAGGAAUACUACAAGAGCUUGGAGGGUAGUCAAGAGGAGUAUGAGCCUUAGAAAGAAUUGGUAUUUGAGAAUACAAAAUACCUUUUGGAGUAACUGUGCAUUCUCCAUUUACUUGUCUUUUUAUGAAAAGUGAAAACUAAAAACACUUUAUAAGUUAUACAGAUCAAGGUUGUGAGUUAUGUGUAUUUUCACAUUUUAGUGUUUAUCUUAAGCUCAAUUGUACGACCACAAUUUUACGA